UAUGCUCUUGACGUCAGCAUAACAACAACCUGUCAUGACAGCUCGUAUGGGUAAAAAAAUACCGAUUAGGAUAUCAAAACAUAUAAAAUCCGUUUCACCUGGAUGUAAGAUUACUUCUUUAAGUGUGUGAGAUCCAGGAGGGGCAGGGCUUUCUAGGACCUGUCAGCUAGCCAGCCGGAGACACGGGGAACAGAAUCGGGAAGCAGGGCGAGGCGGGCCCCGCGGAGCCGGUGGAGAAGAUGGCCGGUAGCCCGGAGAAGAGUUCCACCGCACAGGAGCUCAAGGAGCAGGGGAACCGGCUGUUCCUCUGCCGCAAGUACCAGGAGGCUGCUACAUGUUACAGUAAAGCUAUUAACCGUAAUCCAUCAGUGGCAGUGUACUACACAAACAGGGCUCUCUGCCAUGUGAAGCUGCAGCAGCAUGACAAGGCUCUGGCAGAUUGUAAGCAUGCACUGGAGCUGGACAGCCAGUCAGUAAAGGCCCACUUCUUCUUGGGCCAGUGUCACCUGGAGCUGGAGAACUAUGACGAGGCCAUCGGUAACCUGCAGAAAGCUUAUAACCUGGCAAAAGAACAAAGAUUGAAUUUUGGAGAUGACAUCCCCAGCGCCUUGCGCAUCGCAAAGAAGAAACGAUGGAAUAGCAUUGAGGAGAAACGCAUCAACCAGGAGAAUGAGUUACAUGCCUAUCUGACUAAACUCAUCAUGGCUGAGAAAGAAAGAGAAUUUGAAGAACACAAAGAGAAGCAGGACGACAAUCAAAAUGGAGGCGACGCUGCCAAGAUUGCAUCAAAACAUGACAAGUAUCUAAUGGACAUGGAUGAGCUCUUCUCUCAAGUGGAUGAGAAAAGAAAAAAACGGGAGAUCCCAGAUUACCUGUGUGGUAAGAUCAGUUUUGAGCUGAUGAGGGAGCCUUGCAUCACACCCAGUGGGAUCACCUAUGAUCGCAAGGACAUUGAAGAGCACCUACAGCGAGUCGGUCAUUUUGACCCAGUCACCAGGAGUCCUCUGACCCAGGACCAGCUGAUCCCCAACCUGGCCAUGAAGGAAGUGAUUGAUGCCUUUAUCCAGGAGAACGGCUGGGUGGAGGACUACUAAAGGAAUCACCCCCCCAUCUCCCAUCUCUCCAUCAUACCCCAACACAAGCCUGGACAACACAAGACUGUAGAGAACAGAUCACCCCUUGCCUGGAGAUGUACUUUAUACAAGCGGGAAAUACCACUCUAUGGACUACCAAAUGAGAGCCGUGUAUCUCAUUCUGCCUCUUCCCCCCCACAUUUUAUCUUUGCUGUAAAACUCCCCACUCCUACCUUCGAGGCUCGGUGUUCAUGGCCUGCUGCUCCCUUUAAAAAAAACAUUCAUUCUACCCCUUCUAUACUUUCUCUCUUGCUUCCCCUUCCUUUCUCUCAUGCUGUAUCAAGUCUCUCAAGCCUGACUCCCUUCUUUAAAUAAGGGGCCACGUUCUCAGGUCUGUCCUGCUCCCUCCCUACUCUGCCUCUCUUUCUCUGAGUGCCACAAUCCUUGGAAAGCAUCAGCAUUGCACUCCAGUGUUUCACAGAAACCACCAAUAUUAAAGAGAAAACAUCUUACACAUGGUGGUUGAAUACAUAAACACAUUGCCCUUUUAGUUGGCGUUUACUCCAGUAUUUUUGGUAAUUUUUUCACUAAACAUUGGAGUGUUUGCCCACUUCAUAAUCACAUUAGCUUAAGUGGUACCUAAAAUGCCAAAAAAAACUCACUCACGAGAGUGACUAGUUUGUGUGCAAGUUUUACAUAAUGAAGGCCCUUUUCCACCUCCAGGUGGCGCUCCAAACAUACCCACCCGUUUCACAAUACUGUAAUAUUUUGAGAAAAUAUAUAAGUAUUUUUCUUUGCAUAUCAAUCACACCCCAUUACAGACAAUUUAAAUAUGUUGAAUGUAUGCAUAAUACUCUUACGGUUUAGACCUGACCUACAGUAAUGCAGAAGUGGGGGGGUUUUUCAGGAUAAUACAAAGUUUUCAUGAAAGGCGGCCUUGAACUGGAUGCAGAAAAUCAACAAAAACAGCCGCUGCAUAGAAAAAAAGUUUUCACAUAGCUGGAUAUUAAUUGAAAAUGUUUGAAUAUUGGUGGCUGACAUGAGUUGUUCAAGUUGAUGCUAGAAACCUGCUGUCUGUGUCGUUCAUAGAAACAAAAAAUGUGCUUGAAUGUUGUGUUUGACUCGUGCUGUUUUUCCAUGAAUGAUGAUGGGCGCUCACAUCAGGCAUGAAGUGAUUUUUUUAUUUUCCUAUGCAAAGACAAGAGGAUGGUUAUUAUUCUUCUCCCCUUUUUGCUGUUCAUUUUAUGCACCUCCCCCUUACAAUGUCGCAGGUUGCACCAGUUUAUGUAAACCAAUCAUCAGUGUGAGACUAAGUAAAGUUGUGUCUUGUUGCAGGGAUUUGAGGUUUGCUAGCAUCAUUGUACCAAACUCCUCCUGUGUCAGAAAUGCUGGAAGAGUUAUAAUAUCGCAUCCAUACCUCAGUCCAAUUUUUUGGGUGCUGGUUCACUGGCAUUCUCUGUAAAACACAUUUUCAUUAGUUUACAGGUUUUCCAGCCCGAAUGUGUGUCUGUGGUGAAUUAGGCCUGUCGGUGGUUCAUGUCUGUGUGCAGGCAGUGUAAAUAAUUUGCUUGUGUAUCAGAUUUUAUUUCUUGACAAAAUAGGGUUCUUUUUUUCUUUUUUUUUUUCUUGAGAAGUCCUAGAGCUUGAGAAACUGUAUUAAAUGUAGAUAUGUUGAUAACAUAAA